AUAGCACUGUACAGUGCCCUAAGAACUGCCCUGAAGCUCCUAAUGGCGGGUGCGAAUGAGACCGUGAUCGAAGCUGUACAUAACGCACGGCAUGUGCUGUGACAUCCCAGGCAUUGCCAGAAACAGCCGGCCGAAUAGACGAGCAGACUUAUCCCUGUGAGGAACCGCGUCACCUCGCGCGUCGCGACGGCUAGGAGGGCGCUCGCGCUGUCACGUUGUGUUAUAGUACGCGGCAUUGCCGCUCUCCGAGUGGUAGUUCUUACUUCGUUUCGACGUCGCCUCCUGUUGUCAUUUCCACGCGGCCGUAGCUCGCACGCGUCGCGGCUGGCCGUCGUCGAUGCAACAGGGAGUGAAGGUAGCUCUUCGCAAGCACUCUCCAACCGAACGAGGAAGGCGCUAAACCGUUACUAGUGCAACAAGCUCGAAACGAAAAAAACCCGACUUCACCGGCAACCGCGACGGCAGCACCAUGAUAAUAGUGCGACGGCCGGCGCGCCGGGCGACGCACGCCGGGUGGAUGCCGCUGACUGUGCCCCGGUUUCCUGCACGCUUGCCGUGGGUGGCAGUAGGAAUGCUACUAGCCGUGGUGUCGACGAUGGAGGCAGCAGCAGAUACAGGUGGCCGCAAAGCCCCCCAUGCCCAGUCGUCCCAGUCGUCCCAGUCGUCCCAGUCGUCCCCAUCAUCCGUGGGCCUCCCAGCAGCGCCCACGAGGGCAGCAGCAGCAUCCGCACCUCGCGCGCUCUACAUCGUGCACCUUCGCUCCCCGCCCCCCGUCGCCGCGUAUCACGGCGGCAUUCCCGGCUUCCCCGCCACUGCUCUUCUCCAACCCACUCAGGCCAACACCCAAUCAACACCCCCCUCCUCCUCCUCCUCCUCCUCCCAAUUCCCUGGCCCAAUCCCUGCAUCCACCACUCCGCACCGCUCUGCAUCUCGGCGGCGUGCGCGCAUCAACCCGCGCCUGCCGUCAGUGCGCGCGUUCCAGCGCCUGCUGCAGCGCCAGCAGCGCCAGGUCGUCGCCGACCUCCGCCUUCGUUUUAAGAACAUCCUCUACAGCUACACUCACGUGGCGAACGGGUUCGCGGCGGAGCUGACGGCGCGCGACGCGUGGCGGGUGCGGCGGCACCCCGCUGUGGGCAGCGUGACGCGCAGCGGGCGCUUCCGCCUGCUGACCACCGCGUCGCCCGCGUUCCUGCAGCUGCCGCCGUCGCUAUGGGCCGCUGCGGGCGGGCAGAGCAGCGCCGGGGAGGACGUGGUGGUGGGGAUCGUCGACACCGGCAUCUGGCCCGAACACAGCUCGUUUGUCGAUGACGGCUCGUACUCCCCGCCGCCCGCCACGUGGGUGGGCGCGUGCGAGAGCACGGACGACUUCCCUGAGACGGCGUGCAGCAACAAGGUGGUGGGCGCGAGGAAGUUCAUAGAGGGGAUGGUGAAGGAGAGCCGGGGAAAGGUGGACAUGCAGGGGGAGUACCUGUCGCCCCGGGAUUCUCAGGGCCACGGCACGUGGUGUGCGGGGGCAGCAGCGGGGAUCGCAGGGGUGCCUCUGGGCGACACAGGCCAGACAGCGAGCGGCAUGGCGCCGCGGGCACGCAUAGCGAUGUACAAGGUGUUUUGGCGCAGCGGGGGGCAGGUGUGGGCCACGGAGGCGGACAUCAACGCCGCUGUCAACGCCGCCGUGGCGGAUGGCGUGGACGUGCUCAGCCUGUCGCUGGGGAGCUUCGCUUCCUCGAGAACCUACUUCCAUGACCUCGUCUUCCUCAAUGCGCUCGCUGCGGGCGUGGUGACGGUGUUUGCAGCGGGCAACAGUGGCGCCCCCAGAGGCAAGCCGUCCACGUACCGCACUCUCUCCAACUUCUCGCCGUGGUACAUCACCGUGGGCGCCAGCACAAUCAGCCGUGUGUCGGCCAUAGACGGCACUGCUACAGCCUUCUCCACGUCCCAACCUCCUGUCACCGCCAUGCACCAUGCUGCCUCCGCUGCUCGCCCAGCCACUGAAGGCUCUGCUGUAAUGCACACGGUCACUGCAGUGCCCCCAAAUGGCACCACCGGCGUUAACGGUGGUGUUGCGGGAUCCCUCACUGGCAUCACCACCUUUGAGAUCCCCGGGUCGCCAGCAGAGGCGCCAGUCAUCUCCCCCUCCUCCUCCUGCGGGCCCCUCGUCCCCCUCGCCUCGCCCCCCUCCGCCCCGCGCCCCACCAAUGACAUCCUCAAGCCCGACAUCAUCGCUCCGGGGGUCGAGCUCUGGGCCGCGUUCCCCCCGCCGGACCGCGCCACCUCCACAUCGUCAGGCUACCUCGCGCUGCUGUCCGGCACAUCAAUGGCGGCGCCACACGUCGCGGGCAUCGCUGCCCUCAUCUUGCAGCAGCGGCCGGGCUGGUCCCCGGCGCAAGUCAUGUCUGCUAUGAUGACCACCGCCGCGGUUACCAGUAACCGCCGGCUGGCCAUACGGAAUAGCGAUGGGGGGGAUGCGAACCCGUGGCAGAUGGGAGCUGGGCAUGUGAAUCCGGAGAAGAUUAUGGAUCCCGGUCUGACAUUGGACGCCAAUGCGAGUACUUACGUCAAUUUCCUGGCCGGGCAGAGCUAUUCGCGCGCGAAGAGGCAGUUCCAAGGCACGGUUCUGCGGCCAAUUCGCGCGUACAAUCUGAACCGUCCGAUUAUCUCAGUGUCACAGAUCCGACGGAGAGUUACGGUGAAGCGGACGGUUACGAACGUGGCGGAUUACGCAUCGACUUAUUUUGUGACUGUAAAGGUGCCGAGGAGAGUGAGUGUAAGUGUGUCGCCGGAUGCAUUCUCGAUUGAGCCAGGUGAGAGUGUGGAGAUAACAGUGAGGUUUACUGUAAGAAGUACAAGCAGAUACUUCUCUUAUGGUAGUCUGACACUGUUUGAUGGAUCGGGCCAUGUUGUUAGGAUUGUGCUGGCCGUUCAACCAUGGAAAACACGUUGAGGCUGUGGCUUGGCUUGGCUUGGCUUGGUUGGUUGGCACCUUAAAGAAUGUUUGGCAUAUCAUGCCAUAGCUCUCUGUCACAAAGGCUAGGUAGCUAGGAAGGGUAGGCGUGUCAAAAGACUAGCUUAGCUAGGAAGCCAUAGAAUGGCACAAGGUUUAGCUAGGAGCUAGGAGGAGCCAUGAGAACGGCGAGAGGUUUUAGGUGCUAGGAAAGUUGAGGAGAGAAAAGAGAGUUGGAUUAGAAGAGAGGGGAGUACAAGGAGGGCUUAGCUAGGAAGCCAUAGAAUGGCACAAGGUUUAGCUAGGAGCUAGGAGGAGCCAUGAGAACGGCGAGAGGUUUUAGGUGCUAGGAAAGUUGAGGAGAGAAAAGAGAGUUGGAUUAGAAGAGA